UCAGCGUGAACGUAUGCUCGGUACACACCCUUUCGCCGCGAGAGACUGUUGCGAAGCGUUGAUUUUUGGGGGCUGCUUCUUGUCGAUACCCUUCUUCUUCUCGGCCUUUGUAGCAAACGGGAGCGGAUGCAGGGGCGCGAAAGCCCCGCUUGGGGGCCGCUUCAUGAGACCGCCAUGCCUCAUCAGCGCCGCCAUCGUAGUCGACUAGAUCGGUGCGAGUCGGCGCGCUAAGACGUGCCGCCGCCGGUCGGUCAUCUCCAGCGCGUGCGCACCGCCAACGACGUGUGUCGUGGAUUGGAGCGGACGGUGAAACUGUGAAAUGUCUCGGCUCUUGCUUUCCUCCGAUUGGAAGCGCUGAAUUAGUGUGGCUUGUUGUUUCCUAUCCGCCAUUUUGCAUUGCGAUCGAAAGGUGAAAAUCGAGGUAAAUGGUGGCUUAAGUGCGGCCCAAACGCGCCUGUGAGUGCUGUGAUAAGUUCUCGUGUCGUGGGCAGAAAAUCGCCGAGAAUGGAGCAGGCAUGACGCACCCAAAUUUUCAAACCAACGGGGCCAGUUUAGAGGAUUGCCACACUAACUUCUUCGCUCUGACGGAACUUUCGGGCAUCAAAUGGCGUAAGCUGGUGUAUUGCGAGUUGGGGGGUGGCGGUGCCGCCUCCGGCCAUUGUGGCGGAGGCGGCGAACCCCUCGAAGAUCCGGUGUUACGAAGUUACGCCCGUUGUCUCGCCGCCGAUAUACUCUGUGUGUGGCGGCGAGUUUCGACGCCACGGUCGACCGAUAUGUUCGAACCGGGACCACCGCCGCCGCCACCACUCAGUCUUUCGACGUCGAAAGAACUAUGGAUUUUUUGGUAUGGAGAGGAACCCGAUUUAGGGGUUCUUAUCGCACCGGAACUUAACACUCCUGAUUCGGAGCAGGGUUCGUGGGAGAGCGGCUUGUCCUACGAGUGCCGAUCUCUCCUCUUCAAAGCCUUGCACAACCUGAUCGAGCGUUGUCUCCUCUCUCGCGACUUCAUCAGGUUGGGGAAAUGGUUCGUUCAGCCGUACGAAGGUCCAAAAAAGAACGACUUCACCAUGACUCACUUAUCGUUCUCUUUGGCGUUUUUCGUGCACGGUGAGAGUUCCGUAUGUGCGAGCGUUGACGUACGGCAACAUCCGCCAGUCCGGAGGCUUACCAGGUUGCAUUUGCAACACGCUCAAUCCUCGACGUCGGGUCUCAAAGUGAUUUUGGCUCCGUAUGGACUUGCUGGGACUCUAACCGGUCAAAGUUUCAAGUCUUCAGACCAAACAUCGCGACUGUUGGAAGACUGGGGCCACUUUUAUCCAUUGGAUAAGAGUAGCAGUUUGACGGAUAGCAAUGUGGUGGAAGUCAUCGUCGGAGGGGUCAAAAUGAAGUAUCCCUCGUGUUAUGUCCUCGUCACCGAUCUAGACGAUACCGUCAAUGCGUCAAUGAUGAACUGCACGGGGGUGAAUCCCCCUAAUGGGGUUGUCAAGAAUGGAACAAGUUCGCCGAUACUGACCCAAACGCCGCCUCCCUCACCGAUUCAGAUCAACAGUAGGGUGCCCCAACCAGGUCCGUACUCGGUCUCCGUCGAGCACCCCUUAUCCAUGUCACGCGACGAAACUGCCGCUACCGUACUGCCCGAGAGGGUAUGGCAGGAAUGCAUCCAUGGGGGCCCUCCGGGAUGCACUCAGCCGACUUCCAAUCCACCACACGAAUUCACCGGCCAAUGGGAUUUCGUGGAUCCAAUCAAACGCGCCAAUUGUACCUGUUCUAAGUGUAGAAAGUACAUGGGCAGCAUGACGAGCAAUAAAUGGAGCACCGGGGGCAACACGAAGACAACCAACUCACCCCGGCCUUCCAAGGCAGUACGGGGAAGGGUACCUUUCCACAGGCGCUCCCCCGACAGAUGCUCCGGCUCCUACACGCCUCAAGGGGGUCCACCUUCGUAUCCUCGCACCCAAGAAUCGGUGGCUAUUCCAUCGGUGGGAAGUCCCCCAUCGGUGGCGCCUUCACCGUUGCCGAAUCCUCACUCGCAACCGGCUUCGGUGCCUCCUGGAGACCAAACCAUGCCCAUGUUGUCGCCCCAUCCGCCCACGUUGCUUCCGUCACCUACCGAAAAGACACACACCCCUGAUCAUCCCCCCAAAAGCGUUGAAAGUACGGCGAAUAGUCCUAGUUGUCCAAUUGAUGCGAAAAACGAACAAGUGACGAACGUAGCGAGUGUUCCCGUGUUGAAACGACCGGUUUUGAGUGUGAAAGAAUACGAAAGUUCCUUAGGGGAGGAGGAACAGACUUUGGAAAUGCUUUAUGAUUAUUCGACGUUAGAAGCUUGGUUGAAUCAUCCGGUUAAACGGUUCAAACCGGACGGAAAAGAAAACAAAAGGAACAAGUUAGGAAAGUCUGAUAUUUACUCAAUGUACAACCAUAAUGGAGUCUCAGUAAAUAACAACGACGUAACGAACAAUUUCAAUACCAAAAAUCAAUUUAUUAAGCAAGAAAUUAAACAGGAAUUGACUGAAAGUGAAUCAACGACACCUUUAGGACCUAUUCAAAGUCAUGGAGUUAAAAGACCUGGAGAUCCAUACGAAUUUGACGAAGAAGGUGCUGGAUCGACCUGCAUCGAUGGGUUUAAAAGAGGUCAAACUGUGGUCAAAGAAGAACCCAAAGACUCGAAAAAAAUCAGUACGGGAAACUUAUUCACAAGCGAAGGCUUGCAACCGAGUUAUAAAGAUCUCGAACAGAUUUUUGAUAACAAUUCGGACGAUACAAGCAGCGAUGAAGCUAUUCAGGUCCAAACACCUCCAGGUUCGACAACUUUGAACCACCACGAGGAUAACAAAAGACUCUCAGGGCAUGGAGGUUGUCCCACAAUGGGUUGUUUAAGGCCCGAAGAAUUGAGUAAAAUGUUCCCAACACCUCCCAGUCUCGAACAUAAUCCUAUUGCGUCGCCUUGCGGUCAAAUGGAUUUAGCACUGCCAGAUUAUACGGAUUUAGGGAUAGUCAGGACCAAACAAGAAAUUUAUCCUAAUAUGGGAAGCCCUCCCGAAGAACACAUAGAUGAUUGGACUUAUGUUUUCAAGCCUCCUGUUAUAUGUAAAAUGGUGGGUUCGAGUAAAUACGCCCCCUUGACGAACCUCCCGAGUCAAAGCCUUCCCGUGGUGACGCUACCUUCGUAUUGUGUUUACAAACCAUCGUGGAUUCAACACGCCGAAAAGCCUCAACAACUCCCAUCCACCACUCAACCGAUCCCGAAUUCAAUUCCUAAUAACCUCCACCAAAACUCGUUUCCUCCCAGUCCCCUUCAUGGUGGUUUUCGUCAACCGCCGCCUCCGUAUGAACUUCCGAGUCCGGCAACGUCAACAGCCAGUUCCUAUCUUAAUAAAAAUUUGAAUUCGGUUGAACCAGUGGCGACACCGUCAGUGCAACGGACACCCGAAGCGAAUUCGCUCGCUUUAAAUAUACUAUUGACAGAUACUGCAUCGAAUAUUUUCCGUGAUCAUAAUUUCGAUAGUUGUACGUUAUGUGUGUGCAAUGCGGGUGGAAGAGUUGUUGGUAAUAUUCGAGGAGCCGAUGCGGGAGUGUAUUUGAUAAGUUCAUCCUGUGAUAAAACGCAUAGUAGUGUUCAACAACCAAGUAGUCCGUUUCCGGGGGCUUGUUUGGGUCAACCGCCCCCUUAUGGAAGUAUGUUAUCACCUCCACAUCAUCAACAACUGUUAGUCGAUGAGGAUGGGAUUAGAUGCAGUUGUGGAUUUUCCGCAGUUGUCAAUCGGAGAUUGGCACAUGGAAGUGGACUUUUCUACGAGGAUGAGAUGGAAAUUACCGGAAUUGCGGAAGAUCCAGGUGAAAAGAAGAAACCAUCAUUGUUGUCAUUUCUCGUUGCUACAAAUUCAAUUAAACUUGAUCCGAGUAUAGACCGGGAUCAAGUCGAUGUACUCCCUCAUGGUCUCCUGGAAUUAAUCCGGGAACAAUGCGUCGUAAUCCCGAAUACAGCAAAUGCGUUAUGUCGGGCUGCGAGAUACGUCUGUAGUAAACCAAACUUUAACAACAUCCACGUCCUUGAAUACUCUGAUAGUAACGAAGUUACGAUAAUAGCUCUCGAACAAAGCAAAAACAUUUUUGAUAACCUGCCCGUAUGCAAACUUGAAGACUCCUCCAAAUCGAAAUCGGGGGUCGGUUACGCCGUCCAUCGAUGGCCCUUCCUACGAGCCAACGGUCCGCAAUGCAACCAAGACAUCGUCCGGGUCAUGCGUUCCCUCCAACCACUCCUCCAGGAAGCCAUCCAGAAAAAAUGCCAGACCCGUCUCUGGGAAGCCCCCAGUGCCGUCAAAGGCCCCCUCACCUGGCGCCAAUUCCAUCGACUCGCCGGCCGAGGUACCGACGAUCGCUGCGAACCCCAACCCAUACCCUCUGUCGUGGUCGGCCACGAAAAAGACUGGCUUUCGGUUUCGCCCUAUGCGAUCCAACACUGGGAAAGUCUUCUCCUUGAACCGUAUUCGUUUGCUCGUGACGUAGCUUACAUUGUUGUGGCACCCGAUAACGAUGCGAUUCUCCCACGUGUGAGGACUUUCUUCAAGGAGUUGUCGACGGCGUACGAAAUGUGCAAGUUGGGGAGACACAGUCCGAUUACGAAGGUUUUGCGAGAUGGGAUUUUAAGGGUGGGGAAGACGGCCAAAGCGAAGCUGGGAAAUGAACCGGUCGAGGAGUGGUUUACGUUGUUGGGUGAAGGGGAAAUUACCGAUAUGUUGAAGUUGUACGCGCAAGUGUGUAAACAUCAUCUAGCGCCGCAUUUGCAACAAGUGCCGAUGGAUAAAACGCUACUGGAUCCGCCACAGGAGAGUAACGAUAAGCCAGCGCCGAGUCCCAUGCCGCCCCCAAGUACGCCGGAUAGCGGGCAGGCGGCGGAGAAAGCGCCGAGUACGCCGAAAAGCGAACAAGAUGGAGACGGCAUGAAAGAAUCUACUCCGCAAGGAGGCUCAAACGCCGAAAGUUCGUACGACGACGACGAACGAGAGGUUCCCUCCGUCGUGGUUUACCUUGUCGAACCCUUCUCGCUAGGUUCGGACCAACCAGAGUUGCAAAGGCUGGCUUGUUUAGCACUUCUUCGUUGCUUUCAAUCAGUUCUCGCAGCCGUACCGGAAAACAUCCGAAAUAACAUCAGUGUACAGAUCAUAUCGUUGGAGAGUAUCGUAGAAUUGGGUCGAGCUAGAGACCGGACGCGACUCAGCGACCACAUGCGCGCCCUCUCAUUGAACAUUUUCAGCCAAUGUCGACGUCUAUUGGUCCAUACGAAUAACGUCAAGUCGUUGACUGGCUUCGGAACGGCUGCCAUGGCCGACCUAUUUUUAAAGAGCAAAGAUGACAAAAAUCGCGCUGCGUAUAAAUUGUAUACCCCACCGUACAUUUUAGCCCCCAUGCAUGAGAAAAUCGAAGCGGUGGAGUCGUUCGGUAAAGGCAGCGGUGACCAAGCCUCCGUCCUCUAUCUCAGUUACUGUCUCUCUGAAGAUCAAAGUUGGCUAUUGGCCGUCGCGACGGACGAACGUGGCGAAAUUUUCGAAACUAUCACAAUCAAUAUAGACAUACCAAAUCGUAGUCGGCGGAAAAAAGCAUCAGCACGUCGUAUCGGCCUUGAAAAAUUGAUGAAUUUUAUUUUGGGUGUAAUGUCGCAAAGUGUACGACCUUGGAGACUUGUUGUAGGCCGACUCGGACGGAUCGGUCAUGGCGAAUUGAAAGGCUGGAGUUGGUUGUUGAGCAGAAAGAAUCUAUUAAAUGCGUCGAAAAAUCUCAAAGAGAUUUGUAAUCAAUGUUCGUUGAUGUAUCCGAGUUCAGUUCCGUGUAUUUUGAGUGCUUGUCUUGUGAGCCUCGAACCGGAUUCGGUGCUAAGACUCAUGCCCGAUCAAUUCACCCCCGACGAGAGGUUCAGUCAAAUCAGUGUGAAUUCGCAACUUUCGACACCGCAAGACGUCAGCUGUACGCAUAUUUUGGUGUUUCCCACCAGUGCGACGACGCAGUCGACGCAAACAACUUUCCAGGAACAACACAUAACACCCGAAUUGGGCGAUGACGAGCUUUUCGGUGCUUUCACCGCUGAAGACAUGACGGAAGGUAUUGAUGGCAUGAAUGACUUCAGCGAUAUUUUCAAUUGGACGGAUACGGGUCCCGGUGGCGGGCAAAGCCCCACGGGAAGUCCGAGAAGGGAAGAGUCGGGUCCGGGAAGUCCUAACUGCGGGGUGAAUAACGGAAGACAGGGAAGUCCGUUUCAUUGCGGAGCGACGAAUUCCAAAGGGAACGAACAGCUGGAGGAGGUGGGGACGUUGUUGCAACAACCGUUGGCGUUGGGGUAUUAUGUGUCGACGGCGCCGACGGGUCGCAUGCCGAAGUGGUUCUGGGCGUCGUGUCCACAUCUCGAAGGGAUCUGUCCGGCGUUUCUGAAAAACGCUUUGCAUUUGCACAGUCCGAGUAUACAGCAGAGUUCAGAUGAUUUGUUUCAGCAAGCGGCGGUUACGUCGCAUCCGCUGGAUUCGCAGUAUACUACCGAUGUUUUAAGAUACGUACUUGAAGGCUACAAUGCUCUGUCUUGGCUAGCGCUGGAUUCGAACACUAAGGACCGAUUAUCUUGUUUGCCUGUGCACAUGCAGGUCUUACUGCAGUUAUAUCAUACCACAGCAGCGCUUUUGUAAACCACUGAACUAGUUGGUGCUUUAAUUUUCGUCAAGUUGUUGUCUCUGAAUAUCGAUUUUUAUAAUUCUGUCCCUUGUUAAGUUUUUUUUACUAGUAUCGUGACGCGGUAAUUGAAUAGAAUACUCAUCGUGACGUAGAUUUUACGAAUUAACUUUUUUGUUGUGUAACAAUGCCAAUAUCCCUUUUUAAUUAAGUGUACAAACAAGAAAAAUUGUGAUAUUUAGAGGUUAAUUUAAGAGUAAUCCAAUAAUAAAAAAAGAAACGCCGAAAGUUUAAUUAACUGCCAGGUACUUCAGUGUUUUGCAAAGUGUGUUAUAUAGGUUGUUGUUUUAUUUGUUGUUAAUUUUGCGAUUUAAAAAUUUUUGAAUAUUGUAAAGUUGUAAAUUAUGUACAAGAAAUAAUUUAUUUUUCUGUUGUUGUAUAUAAACAUGUACAAAAAAGUGAAACCGAGAUACUUAGACUGAUAAUAGGCAAAUUAACUAUCAAAAUUUUAUGUAGACCACUAAUCGACAUUUGUUGGUAAAUAAUCAAACCAAGUUUGCCAAAGACAGAUGAAGAUGGGACUUUGGGUACAAUCGUGUCAAUGUACAUAAAAAACAUUUUAGGACAAUUUGUACAUAAGAAAUACUUAAUCAAAAAUUUCUGUCAAUUUGCUACAUUUUACAAUAGUCCUAGCAAAAUGUUAUAACCGAUGUACGUAUAUUAAAUGUAAUAAAUAUGUAUUUAAAAAAAUACUGGGGCCAAUGGUUUAAACGUAUCUUAUAAAACUUGCCUCAGAGGUUUAUCACUCGGGUGUUUUGACGGCCUGUGCAUGAUUUCGUUACCUAUUUAGUUGUAGCAUUUACUGGCGUAUUGGACGAGUCUUACCAACGUACUUAAAAAAAGAUCUCAUCAACCGUAUGUUGGUAAUGAUUUUUUGUUUCAGUGUCUUUUUUUCACCAUACUGUGAUUUUGGUUGCUCUGUGGAGUCGGUAAUCUGAUACAAAAACAACUAACUUUUAACAGUAUUUUAUCUUUGUAACUUUCUGGCGAUUCACUCUUUUACUUACCUUCUUAUUAUUUAUACUUAUUUAAUUUUUACAUAAUAUAUUUUUAUUAUGAACGGUAUAGGACUGUUACUUGUUCAAAUAGAGACGUUCAACAUUUGUACUGUACAUAAAUAGCUACUGUUGUAUAAGAAUAUGUCAAUUUUAGGGAAUUGGGAUUUAUAGUUAAAUAAAUUUGUAAAUAUUUUAUUGACAUUAGUUGAAAUAGUAAAUACACAUAAAAUGUUAAUAACUUUAUAAAUAAUUAUAUACAUAUAAUUAGGUAUUAUUAAUAAAUCGCUCCAUG